AUGUGGAAAUGUGACCAUAUUGAGUUAAAUGAAUCUAAUUAUUUUAAAUAUCUCGAAAUCGCUCUAUUUGUGGAGGAAUUGAUGAAAGAGUCGAAUUAUCUGCAAAAUCAAACCAUCAGUAUUUGCGACAACAUCAUGGUACCUUUCAAGUUCCGUGCCACACAGUUCAUCACAGAAAGAGAACAAAACAUCGAACAUAUAAGGGCAAAGGUCACAGACGUCAAAACAAGGUGUUCUUAUGACUUUAUCAUCAAGGAAAUAUCAGAUGAAUACGUGUUUGGCAUUCCACAUGAUCAAAACAAAAGUUUUUAUAUGGAGUAUGAAGCCAAUAAUUUAUACGACAUUCAGUUCAAGUUGAAUCCCUUCACAUUUCGUUGCUGUCACUACGCUUUAAAAAUAAUGCGCACAUUUAAAAUAACUCCUUAUUUUUUUCCAAUGGCAAAUCAUGAUAUUUCUAACAGUCAAGUAAAUGUAAAUUUAAAAUGGUACAACAAAUCCGUCAUGGAAAAUCCAGAGCAACGGCAGGCAGUAAUUAACAUUUUGAGUAGAACAGGUGACUUACCUUACAUACUGUACGGACCACCAGGAACAGGGAAAACUGUCACCUUGGUUGAGGCUAUUUGUCAAUCUAGGCACAACAGUUCUAGCGGACACAUUCUUGUUUGCACUCCAUCUAAUGAGGCCAGUGAUGUUAUAAUGAAACAGUUGCUUAAAUAUGUGCCUAAGGAAGAUUUACAUCGCAUGUACGGCUUUCAAAUCGACCCACGAACUAUCGACAGUGAUAUUUUAGGCUGUAGUAAUUACAUAAAUGGAGAGUUUGUGGUGCUAUCUGCAAUAGAUUUGCCAAAAAUCGUCAUCACUACAUUGUGCACGAGUAUAAGGUUACGAUUUUUAAAACUUGAAGAUGGUUUCUUCAACUGUGUCUUCAUCGAUGAAGCUGGCCAAGCAACAGAGCCAGAAACUAUGAUUCCCAUCUCUCUGUUGAUCUCGAAUGAUAGACGAAUACGAGGACAAGUAAUUCUAGCCGGUGAUCCCCAUCAAUUGGGUCCAGUUAUUCGUUCUAAUUUAGCUGAAAAAAUACUAGGUAAGUAUUCAGCUCCAUUUUGA